AUGGCGUCGAGCGGUGCAAUGGUGUUGGCCAUGGUGGGCCUCCUCGCCGCCGUGCUGGUGAGCCCUGCUGCUGCGGCGGCGGCGGAGGAGUUCAUCUCCAUGCCCACCGACGACGUCGGCGACCACUCCUACCGCGUCCACGCCACGUUCUGCCCCGACCUGGAGAGGAUUGUGCGCGACAAGGUGGCGGAUGCGCGCAGAAACGACAUCGGCGUCGUCGCCGGCCUCCUCCGCAUCUUCUUCCACGACUGCUUCCCUAACGGCUGCGACGCGUCGCUCCUGCUGGAGACAAGUCACCUCUACUCCAGCGAGCGGGACCUUCCCCAAAACAAAGGGCUGCACGAGGGCGCGCUCCAACUCAUCCAGCGUAUCCGCGAUGCCGUGCGCGACGCCAAGUGCACGGACGUGUCGUGCGCCGACAUCACCAUGCUCGCCACCCGGGAUGCCCUCAUGAUGUCCGGGGCACCAAGGUACGACGUGCACCUUGGCCGGAAGGACAGCAAGCGCCCUGCCUCGUUUGCCGAGGUCAGACGCUUCCUGCCCGCACGCGAUGCCAAGAUCAAGGAUCUCAUCCGGGUCUUCGAGGACCGCGGCUUCAACAAGGGUGACCUAGUCGCGCUCUCCGGCGCACAUACCAUCGGCAAGGCAACCUGCCCGAGCCUAGAAUUCCGCACCGGGGAGCCCGCCUGGUUCGUCAAGGCAAUCAAAGACAAUUGCCCCAGAUCAGGGGACAAGAAGCACAUACUCGAUGUUACCACCCCCGACGUGUUCGACAACAAGUACUACGGCAAUCUCCUCCUAGGGUUGGGUGUGCUUGGCACCGACAUGGAGCUCCUCCAACACCAGGAAACAAGAUUUUUUGUCGAAAGCUGGGCCAAGGACGAGCAUCUAGGGUGGUUCCAUGGGCACUUCGCUGCCGCCAUGAAGAAGAUGGCAGAUUUGCCUGUGGACCCCGACGGCGAGUACCGCGACAACUGCUUCAGGCCCAAGUCGUUUGUGAGGAACCUCACCGCAGACGGUUUCUCGGCCUCGGCUUGA